AUGGCUUGGAGAAGGCCGGCCUGGUUGGGCGGAUCGGGUAGCUCGAACAAGGCCAAGUCCUCUGGCAACCGCAAGUCUCCCACAACCAAGGCUCAGACUGAAGCCGGAUCUGCACUCGAGGCACGCUCCUUCGAAAGUGACUCAACGACGCUCGUCCCCCGCUCGAUCAAGAGCGGUUCCGGCGCAAAACUCAAGGAUGCUGCCAACACCAUCCCCCAACUAAAAAAGACGGGUCAAAUUGAUGUGGUCGUCAUCGGUGCAGGCCUGUCCGGACUCAUUGCCGCCGACGAACUCAGUCGAGCAGGCCUCGGCGUCAAAGUGCUCGAAGCCAGCGAUCGAGUAGGAGGUAGGACGCUCGACAUGCGUCUCGACGACGGCAACGUUGUCGAAAUGGGGGGGCAGUGGAUCGGACCUGGUCAAGACCAGAUUCUCAAGCUCAUCAAGGAGCUCGGCCUCGAGACCCACAACACAUACGACCAGGGACUAAGCAUCUACCGCUCCACCGAUGGCAAGGUCAAGUCAUACAAGGAGAUGAUCCCGUGCGGCAUCCUCCCCUCGCUCGACUUGCUCGUGGCCACUCGCAAGAUCAAUAGCCUGUCCAAAGCCGUGCCGGCAAAGACGCCUUGCCAGGCGAAGAAUGCUCGCUACUGGGACGAGAGGUCCAUUGGCUGCUGGAUCGACGACGCCAUGUGGACUUCGGAGGCCAAGCAGCUCUUCAGGAUGGCUAUCAAAGCAGUCUACGCUGAGGAUUCCGAAUCCAUUAGUUUCCUCGACCUCCUUGCGACCGUUGCGGGUGCUGGUGGUGAUAUCGAGCAAGUCUUGAGCGACGCCCAGACAACGCGUAUCGUUCAGGGCCCUCAAGCCAUCAGCGAGCGCCUUGCUGCUCGUCUUCCCGAGGGCGUUCUCGAGCUCAACUCCAAGGUGCUCAACGUCCACAGGGCCGACGAUGGUGACUCUACACCGGGACCGCAAGCUGUGUACAAAAUUUCGACAACCGAAGGCCAACAAUACAACGCACCCGUGGUCAUCAUCACCCCGCCCCGACCCUUGCUCUGUCAGAUGGAUUUCCAGCCGCCUCUGCCAUCCGGACUCAUCCAGUACUACCGUCGUCAGCCCAUGGGGUCGGCCAUCAAGUUCAACGUGGUCUAUUCGACUCCCUUCUGGCGAGAUGCAGGCCUCAACGGUGCCAUGAUCAACGCAGACGGCAUGAGUCCCGUUCAGAUGACCUACGACAACUCGCCCGCCGACGCCAAACGUGGCGUCAUUGUCGCCUUCGUGCUCGGCAACAACUCCCGCCGUUUCCUGCACGAGCAUCCAGAUGCCGACUCUCGCAAGCAAGUCGUGCUCGAUUUCCUCGUCACACUCUUUGGAGACGAGGCGCGCAACGCAACCCAGGUACUCGAGAUGAAUUGGACUCUUGCUCCCUACGCCACCGGUGGAUACGGCUCGUUUAAUCCUCCAGGCGUUCUCACCAGCUUUGAGGAGGAUGAGCGUGACGAAAUGUCCAAGAUCGGCAACCUCUACUUUGCUGGCGACGCUACUAGCGAGAUUUGGCAGGGGUACAUGGAGGGAGCUUUGCUCUCGGGCAGGCGUGUGGCCACUCGGGUCAUUUCCACUUUUGAGGCCUAG